AUGGCAGCCGCCACGCCCGCGCCGACAACGGCAGCAGUCGACCCGGCGCCAGUCCCAGCAGCCGCUGCUCCCCGGCGCAAGACGGCUCCUCGGCCGAGACCAGCAACAGCAGCAGGCGUCCUCGAGCAGCUCGACGGCCCUGGUCUCGGCGCAGUCGACAUCAAGAGCAACGGCAGAAUCAAAGCAGCAGCAAGAAAGCCCAAGGUCGAGGAGGCGCCAGAGGUCAAUGUCGUCAUCGAGAUUGCCAACGACCAGAAGCCAAGUACGGACGAGGCAGCAGCAAAAGGAGGCAGGCGCCACAAGGUCGCGCGAGGACAAGCAGUCAAAGAAGAAGCGCACGAGGGUAUCGUGCAUGAGGAGCCGCCGAAGAGGCGAGCAAGAAAGGCUGCGAUUGUAGAGAAAGACGACGACGACGACUACGAUGUAGGCCUGGACGACGGUGUGCAGGACGGCGCGCUGGACGACGCGCCGAAGAAGAAGAAGACGAAGAAAAGCAGGGCAGCGGCCGUCAAGACGGAAGAGCCAGGCGAGGACAAUGCCGCCGAGGCCGAACUCGACUCCGACGGCGAGCCCGUCCGGCGAGACAAAAACGGGCGAAAAAUUGGGAAGCGCAAGCGCAAGCCAAAAGAACCCAUCGUCUACGAGAUCCCGCCCGUGCCGCACAGAGACUUCCGCCUCGAGGGCCCGCUCGACAAGCGUGCCGAGCGUGCCAACGGCUUCACGGGCAGGCUGGGGUAUGCGUGCCUCAACACGGUGCUGCGCGCACAGGACCCGCCCAAGUUCUGCUCGCGCAACGUGCGCAUCAAGACGAUUGAGGAAAAGGGCAUGGACUGGGUCUUUGACCUGGCGCGGCAGAAUGUGCGCGACAUUGUGCCCCUGCUCGAGUUCAACCACGCGCACGGGAUCCACAUGAUGCGCUUGUCGAGCGAGAUCUUUCCCUUUGCCUCGCACGAAAAGUACGGCUACGACAUUGGCUUUGCGGCCGCUGAGCUGCGCGAGGCCGGCGACGUCGCACGCAGGCUCGACCAGCGCCUCACCAUGCACCCGGGCCAGUUCUGCCAGCUGGGCACGCCGCGCGAGAAUGUGCUGGCGGCGUCGAUCCGCGAGCUCGAGGUGCAUGCGCGCGUGCUCGACCUCAUGGGCGUCGGCCCCGACGGCGUCAUGAUCCUCCACGGCGGCGGCACCUAUGGCGACCAGGCUGCGACGCUGGAGCGCAUCCGCCACACCAUCGAGCACCGGCUGCCGGCCAACGUGCGCGCGCGCCUCGUGCUGGAAAACGACGAGAUGUCGUACAGCGCCGAGGAGCUGCUGCCCCUGUGCGAGUCGCUCGACCCGCCCGUGCCGCUCAUCUUUGACUUCCACCACGACGCGCUCCGGCCCUCGUCGCUGUCGCCGCGCGAAAUCAUCGAGCGGGCCAAGGCCCUCUUUGCCCGCCGCGGCAUCACACCCAAAUACCAUCUCUCGGAGCCGCGGCCGGGGGCACGGAACCUGCGCGAGCGGCGAGCCCACUCGGACCGCUGCGCCGAGCUGCCCGAGGACCUGCCGGCGGAUGCGCACCUGAUGCUCGAGUGCAAGGACAAGGAGCAGGGCGUGCUGGAGAUGUACCGCAUCUACAACCUGCGCGACGUGCCCCACGACAGCCUCCGCCCACCCGCCGACGAUCUCACCACGGCCACGGGCGGCCGUCGCUCCAAGCUCGACGGCAGCGGGGGCGCCUCGUCGCCCAAGAAGAAGAAGAAGAAAGGGGCAGCGGGGACUGGAGGCGAGUUCGACGGCGACGAGAAUGGCGAGCCGGCCGUCGACGAGAAGAGCAAGGUGGAGCGGGCGAUUGAAAAGGCAAAGGCAAACGCCCUCAAGCGUGGCAUCGAGUACAAGGGCCCCAAGAGCCAGGAGGACCGGCUCGCGGCGAGGGGCCCACUGCUGAGUGCAAGGGAGGUCAUGGAAGACAUGAGGAAGCAGGCCGACUGGGUCCGCGCCGAGCUCCGCGCCGGCCGCGAGCGGCGUCCGUAUCCGGGCACAGAGAUCGAGGCCGAGGCGCCGGAGCCAGACGAAGGGACUGUUGUAGAGUAG